AUGGACUUAUUAGUUAAUAAAACUACUCGAUGUUGCUGUUGCAUUCCCUUGAGAAGUGGGGUUAUCACUAUAACACUUAUAUAUGUGGUCGGAUCAACAUUUAGUGCUAUCACUGAUAUAUUAUCACUCAUGCGCAACAAGAGCAAUGAUAAUAGUGUAACAAUUGCAGAUUUAGUUAUAAACAGCCUAUUCUUUCCGGUAUUUAUCUUUGGAUUUGUCAUUUGUUGUUUUACGAAAUCAGCUUAUCAUUUAAGAAUAUUUGCUAUUUUUUUCAUUAUUUACACGCUUGUUUCUAUAAUUGAACUCAUUUUUGGUGUAUCUAAAAAUGUGACUGUAAACGAAUGCAGUGAAUUAUUAGUAACUGAUGGAUCUUCUAUCCAUGAUACAGUGGGUUUUUGUGAAGAUAAUUAUGAUAAAUAUGAAGCUCUAUAUAUCGUCGGUUAUACUUUGACUAUUUUUAUUAUGAUUCAUUUUGCUUUGGUUGUUUCCGCUUAUGCUGCAAAAUGUAAAGCUGAAGAAGAUCGUUCAAAACAAGAAAUGUCAGAAACAAAUG